GCUCCUACUAUUUCGGCGAUGGGAGUGAAAACUGUGUUUACCGAGGGUUCACACCAUGUGAUCUACACUGCUGAAGAUGGCGCUGGAAACAGAGCAAAAUGCCAGUUUACCGUCAUGGUCACAGUGCACCGAUGUAAAGCCCUUCCACCGCCAUCGUUUGGUCAGUUCAUCCACACCUGCAACAAUUUGGAAGGAAGCAGUUGUAGUAUGGAGUGUCACAUGGGAUAUCGUCUCACCGGCUCUGCUACUAGAACCUGCGUCGUGACCAACAACGGUACAACAAGCUACUGGGACGGAGUGGAGACCAAAUGCGACAUUUACAGAUGCAGCCCUCUGCCCAAGCCUACUCACGGGACCCUAACCCCAACUAGUUGCUCUGGCCAGCCGGUAGCUGGCACACAGUGUAGCUUCCAUUGUGAAUCUGGUUUCGAGAUGCAAAAUGGCAUCAACACGACACUCUGCAACGCAACAGGCCACUGGUCACCCAGUGUCUCCUCUACACCUUCGUGUAAAGAUGUUCAGCCACCAGUCUUCACCAGCUGCCCAAGUGACGUGUAUCGAGAGCCAGCAGCAGGGUUAGGGACUGUACUCGUGAAUUGGGACAAACCAACAGUUAUAGACAACACGGCGGUAAGCAUCGCGGUAUCACCAAACGGUACAGAGCCGCCCACGGUCUUCUCUGUUGGGACACAUAUUAUAACGUACACUGCAACGGACUCGGCUGGACUGACAGCAACAUGCAGUUUCAUGGUCAACAUCAGAGACAACGAAAAACCAAACAUCACUUGCCCGAAUGACGUUGAAGUAAAGACCAGUACCGUGCCCGUUGAAGUCACGUGGGCUCUGCCAGUCGCUGUGGAUAAUUCUGAGGAACGGCCAACAGUCACUUCCCUAAGCCACUUUGACCCUGGUGACGACUUCCGGUACGGACCAGAGCUUAUAGCGUACGAAGCAACUGACGGGUCCGGAAACCGUGCGACAUGUACCUUCAAGGUCUUGGUAAAAGCAACUGACUGUCCAUCAUUAAAUGUACCAGCCAAUGGCGCUCUUGUGUGCGGCAUUUGGUUCUUUGGCACAUAUUGUAAUCCGAACUGCGAGGGAAGCGAUGACUUUCCAGCGGGUUACACGCCGUCUACCUACGUCUGCGAUACAUCAGGGACCUGGCUCACCAGCCUUGAUAGAGAUGCCCCACCCGCGAGGGUGCCAAUACCAGACUGUAGUGAAACAUCACCACCCACCGCAGAUAGGCAAGGCUACAUCAACUUCUACUACAGCGGGAACUGCAGUGACCCUGCUGUACAGCAGCAAAUCAAGAUCAGCUUUAUCGAUGAGGUCACCAAACGAUUCUAUGUAGUUUGUAGACAUGCGCUGAUAAGGGACAGAGACAGCGGAGGAUGCACCAUUAAGCAAGUUUUCGUCACGUGA